AUGGAUUUAUUAGAAAAUAUUAAACACAGAGCUAUUGCAAGAAUUCAAUCAAUUGAUCAUAAACAGUUUUUUAGAUUGGUUAUCAUCAUUGGUGGGUAUAUAUUGCUUAGACGUCUUGCUCAAAGAGAAUUGGCUAAAGGACAAUUAGCUAAUCAGAUUAAAGCAGACCAAAAGAGAAAGAAAAAUCAGUUGAUGGAAGGUACAGAUGAGUUAUACAAUGAUGGAAAACAUGAUAAAGAACCAACUGCAUUCGGAUGGGGUAAUAAAACAAGAUACAGAGUCAAGAAACAACAAGAAAUGUUGGGACAAGCUAUUGAUAAUUUAAAGAAAAGGCAACAACAGCAACAACAGUACUCUACAGCAUAUAAUGAUGAUAGUGAUGAAGAUAUUGCUGAUUUGUUAGAAGAUUAG